AUGAAAUUCCUGCUGGCCUUAAUCGGCCUUUUACCCUUGACCAGCGCCAUCGGCAUGCGAUGCUUUUCUUGGGUAAGUAUUUUAUCAAAAAUCAAUUAGGAACCAAGUCAAUAAUUUCAACUUUCGUAUUUUUUUUUUUGUUUUUUUUGUAAUAAUCCUUCGUUAAUUACAAGUAAUGGAUUAAAAACAGGAAGGAGGUAAAAUGAGCUCGAAAUCCCUGGCUUUAUCCUCAAACUUCCCGCAUCAUUUCCGCAUCCAAAUUCACUCCCUUAAGUUCAAAGUCGAUUCCGACACUCCAAAGUUUGGUUUUCCUGUGCACUUUCUUACUGUUAUUUUAAAUUUUUCGGAACGACUUUGAACACGGCAUACAGGUUAAUUUGAAAAAAUAACCACUCAAUCCAAAGCCAGUAAAUGUAUUCCGAUUCCAGAAUGACCGGAUCAAUGACACGCAGGUUUUCCCGCUUGAAAAUCCUUUAAAAGUUGGCGACGUCAUCUACGUCAGCGCGAUCGCCAGUAUGAUCCCCUGGGCCACACAGUUAAUUUUCAUUCAUUCACUCGCCCAUUCACUCGCGAGCUCAAUCCAAGCGCCACCGACUAUUUAAAAAGCUCGGACAUCGCUCUUUUGUGUUCAUUCUACUAUUUCUACGCGCAAAUCAAAGAAAUCAAUAAAGGAUUAUAAAAUAAAUGAAAGGAACGAUCUCUCCAAAUAAUCGCUGGCGGUUAAAUUGAACUCGCGCCAAGAACCGAGUACGCGCCCCAAUCACUUCUCCGCCUCCCUUGCUUCACAAGGAAAUGGCUAUUAUAGAUAGGCGGUGUGCCACGACUUGAAAUUUUACCGAACGACAAUCCGCUUUUCCGGUGCGCGCGGUCGCGGAUCUGCUGCCGCGUUUUCAAUCGGUUUUUGCUGAUGGAAAACUGUUUCAAUGGAAACACGUAUAGUAUAGUUUGUGUGCCACGUUCCGCUGCGUGUGUUCGCGGACCUUGGACGCGCUUUUAACUCUUUUCUUUUAUUAAGGUACUCUACUUUCAUGUGCUCCCACAGCAGUAACAAUCAAUUGAAAGCGUGACCUAGAUUCGAAAGACGCUUCGCGAACGCACGCAGCGGAACAGCGGAAUGUCGUUCCGUGAAAUUUCAAGUCGUGGCACACAGACUAUACUGAAGUGGGAAAAAAAAAAAUGAAGGCUCGGCUUCCCAAAAUGAAAUGGGUAACUUAUAAAAUGUUUGAAUUCCGUUUCGCACCGGAACAGCGGAAUGUCGUUGGGAUAAAUUUAAUACGAGACACAUAAUCACGUAGUCCGGUGACUUUUCAGUUUGGAAUCGCUCAAUUCGGUCAAAAGCUCAGAUCUUGUCCAAAAAUCUAUGAUUUUCCGAUAAAGCCAAUGAACUUUUAAACAGCCUCGUGAAACUGCUUUUCGAAAUCUAUGAGUUUCAGCUUUGUCCUUGACUUGUAUGAAGGAUCUCCGACCGCGCAAACAAUAAAUAAAAAUGUUUCUCUUCGUAUCAUGGCCAACUUGGACACAUCCGAAAUUACUUUCAACACAAUUACGGUGAGAUUUUAUUCAAGAAAAAGAAAAAAAAAUUCCAAACUAUUUGCCACAAUUAGGAAAAAAAAAAUCAAACCUUUUUUUGAUACGAAAUGAUGAGUAUCGUUAAUCAAUGAAAAUUUCUACAUUUGUCCAUUCGUGGCUACUUGUCACUUUUCGAGUGUCUGGCCGAGGUCAGAGGAACGCGAAAAUAGCACGUCAAUGUGAGAGGGCCGCUGAGAGACGAGGAGGGCGCAGAGAAAAAAGCCGUUGCGUGACGGGAAAAAGUGGAAAUGAACUUUUCACGGGUUUUUCUCGCCAAUCUGAUAUAGAAGCUGACCUCACUAAACAUAUUUUCCGAAUGCCUCACAUAAUCAUUUUUAAAUUUUCAGCCCGCUUUCAGUUACCUCGAAGAGCCCAAAACGUCUCCCAUCAGCCGCAGUUUUCAGUUCAAGCUGAAGCUUUUGUAAACUCUCCAUACUGAUAAAUGGUAAUAUUGGAUUUAGGGUGCGCGAUAACGAUUACCAGAUUCUCAUCAACCUCAAAAAGGUUUUCUAUACCUACAACUUCCGUCGGCCAUCUCUCAACAUCGUAAAAGCCAUUGGACUUCAAGGGAUCAUGUUUUCGACCAGAUCGCGAGUUUUAAGAAUAUAGUUAAAAGAUAAAAAUUUGUUUUCCUCGGAACUCCAAAGUGGUCCCUGAAGGGGUCCGAGGAAAAACAGCCCCUAUAGCGGACAAAAAAGUGGUCUCUACAAGGGUAGUAUUGGGGUGAUCAGAGUCUGAUCCUUAGGCCUCGAAUCUAAAAUGGCCCUUAUAGGGUCUUUUUUUUUUGAGUUCAAAUUGAAAAAUUAGACUAAAUUGGUCACUUUAUCUUAUGUUGAUAUUUUUUACACAGAACGCUCAUUUAUUUCGCAAACUUCAGUUUCCUCUAUAGGGGUUCCCUCUAGGAACCUUAAAAGACCUCGGAGGUUGCUCUAUGACCACUCUGGGGCUCCUGAGUCAGAAAUGGAAUGAAGACGAAAUUUCAGAGAAUGCCUGCCUGCGUAUGGAGUUAAAAGUUCGCGAGAUUCCCAGACCAUCACGGUAGAUAAUGGAAACGUCUAUUACCUCUGUAAGUUGUUGAACUUCAUGAUUGCAUUUGGAAUGGCUCGGCUGGCGGCGGCCGCUCAGAAGCUCUUUUAAGAUACACCCGACUUAAAACGGUUUACGCGCAUUUUUACCACCUAAAAGUAACUUUUGAGUCGACCGCAACCCGAUCUAUUCCGCGUGUGACUGUCAGGAAAAAAUCCCUGAAUUUGAAAAAGUCAAUCUUUCUUUCACGUUUACUUAGAAAAAAAAAAUCAUCGAACCAGAGUUUUGCUUUUCUUUUUUUCCAAUUUUGUUUUAUAACAUUUUCCCCUUUUCCAACACUCUCUGAUAAUCUUUUUUAGAUGGUCCCACUCUCCAGGGUGCCAACACGGCCGCAUACACGAACACCGCGUAA